UCACCCCCCCCCCCUCUCUCCUCUGCCCCACUCUCCUGCCUCUUUCUCCUCUGCCCCGCUCUCUCCUCUGCCCCCUGUGGGGCAAAAGUAAAAAGUGGGGGGCUUCUAUAGAUGUCUUGGGACUACAAGAAGAUGAAGCGAAGCUGGGGGGAGGCAGAGACAUGGGAGAUAUAACCACAGCCAGGGGAGGACCUGCUUCCCCACAAACUGCUAACUUUCCCCUAAAGGGACUGGAGACAUCUGGAGACCCCAAGACCCCAACAACCAAAGAGUCCUGCAGGUUGUGACGCUUCUCUCGGAGUUAUGCAGAACACAGGGAGCUUCUGCCUCCUCUCCCCCACCCUCCUCAUUCACUGUCUCACGCUCCCCCUGGCCGGACUCCUGCAGGUGGCUCAGGCUGAACUCCAGAAGACGUGUUCCAGAUCCACAGUGGAGAAUCCCCCCGGUGGUGGUUGUCAACAAAUGUGCCAGUGCAGACCCCCUCCAUUACUGCCUCCGCCACCCCCACCGCCACCACCACCGAGGCUCUCUGCACCCAGUGAGUACCCCAUGACCACCAUUAAGAUCCCACAAUGCUGCGUGGAGGAGACCUGGUGGCAUUUCCUGCUCAUCAUCCUGGCAGCCGUCGUCCUCUUCAUAGUGGUUAUUAUGUGCUACAAGGCAAUAAAGAGCCCCUUGGUGUCCUAGGACGACAGGAUCCCCCUUUAUGGAAGACAUUGGUCCCCUAUUCCAGGAAACCACUCCAUAAAGAUGAAAAUGGUACGACCCGGGCUGCUGAAUAUGCAAUGACCCUCGAGACAGCCUAGACGCCAAGUACCGAGCAUCCUGGCCGCUCACCUUCGCUCCUCUGCGGACCCUCUUGGAGGUCUUGGACUUUUGCUUCAGAGGAGAGAAGACGGCGACGUUCUGUCCGGAGCCGGACGUAGAGAUGGAGGUCAGCGCUGUGUGGAGCGUAAAAACUGUGACCCCAAUCAUUGAGUGGAGGCCCUGACUGCAUGAGCCGCUCCUUAUACUGACUGCCCUACGGGGCCCCGGACCGGCUGAGAGGUCGGAGGUCGGACAGCAGCCCCUGCAUGCACAGGAUUGUCGCACCCUGGAAUACAAACCUUAUUUUAUUAUGGGCCCUAAAUGUAAAGAAAUUAUCCACAGAAUUGCAUGCACUUAAUAUUACGGGAACACGGCAGCGGCGUCACUACUAUGCAAUAACCCCCGGCCGGCGCGUCAACGGCGACAACCUACAAGAGAGACGACGCGUUAUCUCAUAGAAACCUCCUAAUACUCUGCGGGGAGAAAGUGCCAGACAAGCGCUUUCCCUAGAGGGCAUUGCCCCCUCCCCCCACCGGCCCGGUGACCUCACCCUUUUGGGGGGGGGGGGGAUCCUUUAAGAGAACGCGCAGCCAUCACACACAUACAGCGCGCGGACGCUGGAUACAUUGUUGCAAUUUUUCGAACUUUCUACCGUUCCUCCCGCCACAUUCCUAGAAAAAUUCCCAACGGGAGCGCCACCCAGUGACCACAGUAGGGAACGCCGAAAUCUUCACCGAUGGACGGAAUUUGGCGCUCAAUGGGCGAAGUUUCUCGGUGCUUAUAUAUAUGUAUACGCCAAAUGUUAAACGCCUUUUUUUUUUAUAGAACAUGUAUGAUUCCACAUCCGGAAAGGCUUAAGCAUAUUCUGUCCUGAUAGGUAAGGGUUAACCAUUUUUGUGACCCAUUGCGGCCAAUCUAGU